UCUUGAAUAGUCCAGCACAAGCUAAUCCACAAGGCUCAAUCAGGCUAAGUAGUUGGGGGACUGUGUCAACUCUGAAUCACAAUGAGCAGCAGGGAAGGACCUGUCAGCUGACUAAUCAGGGCUAGUGGAUUUUUUUGCAGCUCUGCCGCGGUGGUAAUGGAAGCAGCCGUAGCUUUGUUUGAUAGAGAUUUUUGGCUGCUGCUUUUAAAUACCACCCAAGAAGCAGCUCGUAUUUCAUCAAUGUUGCGUUGACAAUCGGAAAAGAAGAGUGUAAUUGUGUAUAGGCGAGAUGGCAGAAGCAAAUCCCCCGAGAGGCAAGAUGAGGUUCAGAAGGAAUGCGGCCUCUUUCCCUGGGAGCUUACACUUAGUCCUGGUUUUACGCCCUACCAGUUUUCUUCAGAGGACUUUCACGGACAUUGGAUUUCGAUUUAGCCAGGAGGAUUUUAUGGUGAAACUACCAGUUGUUAUGCUGAGCUCAGUUAGUGAUUUGCUGACAUACAUUGAUGACAAGCAAUUAACCCCUGAGUUAGGCGGCACCUUGCAGUACUGCCACAGUGAAUGGAUCAUCUUCAGAAAUGCUAUAGAAAAGUUCGCUCUUACAGUGAAGGAAGUGGCUCAGAUGUUGCAAUCCUUUGGAACAGAGCUGGCUGAGACAGAGCUACCAGAUGAUAUUCCUUCAAUAGAGGAGAUUCUGGCAGUUCGUGCUGAGAGGUAUCAGAUGUUGAAGAAUGACUUAACAGCUGUAACCAAAGAAGGAAAAAUUCUGCUCAUGAACCUGAAAGUGCCUAACACUGGAGAAACUGUCAGUUCAAGUCUUGAGCGUCCUCAGCACAUCAGCGGUGACUGGCAAACUAUUAAUAAGUUGCUGACUCAAGUGCACGAUAUGGAAACUGCUUUUGAUGGAUUUUGGGAGAAACAUCAGCUAAAAAUGGAGCAGUAUCUGCAACUGUGGAAUUUUGAGCAAGACUUUCAAGAGGUUAUGACUAAAAUUGAAUUUGUAUUAAAUCAACAAAGAGAACUCAGUGAUGCAACAGGGAACUUAUCUCAGAUAAAACAAAGACUUAAAAAAAUAGAGAACUUGGAUGAAAAAUCUCAGGAGCUGUUAGCCAAGGCCCGGCUUGUGAUACUGCAUGGCCACAAGCUUGCCUCAAAUCACCACUAUGCACUUGAUUUAAUCUGCCAGAGAUGCAAUGAGCUUCGCUACCUUUCUGAUAUUUUGGUUAAUGAGAUCAGAGCAAAGCGGGUACAGCUGAGCAGGACUUUCAAAAUGCACAAGCUCCUGCAGCAGGCACGUCAGUGCUGUGAUCAAGGAGAAUGCCUCCUGGCUAAUCAGGGAAUGGAUCAGUUUCAGACUAAAGAAGAUGCUCAGAAAGCCCUUCAGGAUGUGCAAAAUUUCCUUCAAAUGGCUGUGCCCUUUAUCAAUUAUGAUAUUGAGAAUUUGCAAUAUGAAUUUGAUGUGCGCCUUUCUUCUGAAUUAAAGGCUCAAAUGCAGACUGUACAACUCAAGCUUGAAAGUAUUCGAAGUAUAUUUGAGAACCAACAGGCUGAUUCCAAGAAUUCAAAAGGUAGAUCUGAAAGUCCAGUUCAGUUUGUCAUACCUGCACCUGAAAAUUUGAUGAGGUCCAGAGCAAUGUUUUUUUCGCCUAAACAUGUGAAGAAGUCUUGGAGACAGACUCAAGCUCAGAGCAACAUGCAAUUAAGUAAAAUUGAAGCUGUUAAGGAUAGCCAAGAGAAGAGGAAUUCUGAUCACUCUCCCAGAUUGGACAAUAACUUGGAUAUUUUAAAGAACCAUGUCCUGAAUGAGCUGAUACAGACAGAAAAGGCAUAUGUUGGAGAGCUGUUUACUGUUUUGUUGGGCUACAGAUCUGAGAUGGACAAUCCACAGAUGUUUGAUCUUAUUCCACCUCUACUGAGAAAUAAAAAGGAUGUUCUCUUUGGAAAUAUGGCAGAAAUAUAUGAAUUCCAUAACAACAUUUUUAUGAGUAGCCUGGAAGAUUGCUCUAAUGCUCCAGAAAGAGUUGGACCUUGUUUCCUGGAAAGGAAAGAUGAUUUUCAGAUGUAUGCCAAGUAUUGUCAGAAUAAACCCAGGUCAGAGUUAAUUUGGAGAAAGUAUUCAGAAUGUGCCUUUUUCCAGGAAUGUCAAAGAAAAUUAAAACAUCGACUUGGUCUGGAUUCCUAUUUGCUCAAACCAGUGCAACGAAUCACUAAGUAUCAGUUGCUUUUAAAGGAGCUCUUAAAGUACAGCAAAGAAGGAGAAGGAACAACUCAGUUAAAGGAGGCACUUGAUACAAUGCUGGACUUAUUGAAGUCAGUGAAUGACUCCAUGCAUCAGAUUGCAAUCAAUGGCUAUAUUGGGAAUCUGAAUGAGCUGGGCAAGAUGAUUCUGCAAGGUGCAUUCAGUGUUUGGCUAGGACACCGGAAAGGUGCUACAAAAAUGAAGGAUUUUGCAAGAUUCAAGCCCAUGCAGCGACACCUUUUCUUGUAUGAAAAAGCUGUUAUGUUUUGUAAGAGGCGUGUUGAAUCUGGAGAAGGCGCUGAUAGAUAUCCAUCAUACAGUUUUAAGCACUGCCUAAAAAUGGAAGAAGUUGGAAUCACAGAACACGUGAAAGGCGAUAACCGCAAAUUUGAAAUAUGGUAUGGUGAGAAGGAAGAAAUUUACAUUGUUCAGGCUCCAAAUAUUGAUGUGAAGAUGUUAUGGUUAAAAGAAAUAAGGAACGUUUUGUUGAAGCAGCAAGAACGUUUGACUGCUAUGAAACAGCUGGAUCAGCCAAGAGAAUUGGAUGAACUUUCUCUUCAGCAGCAGAAAGCUGAAAAGCAAGAGGAAGCUCUUCUAAAUGCUGUGGAAGUGGAAAAAGAGGUAGAUCAAGCCAGUGGCAUGGUGGAGGUCAGGAAGGCAGUUGUGCCAGUUCAAGCACAAGUAAAUUGCACAGCUUGGACUCAGGUGUCACCAUCUGCAGAAGGUCUUGGAGCAUCUGCGGAAUGUUCAGACAACUAUUUCUACCCUAGUUACAAUGACAAUGAAGAAGAUCGGCCACAAAUGACAGCCGUGUCGGAGGUGACUCUGCUGAUGUAAAGAAGCUACUAUGUCAACUGGCAAGUAGAUCUUGCAGCCUGCUUCUCAGCCCAUGUGGAAAACACCACCCAAAAGACUUUCAGCCCAAAUGAUGGGGAUUUUUUUUUCAGGUUUAUUUGCUUGAACAUGCAAAGAAGCAACAGCAUAUACUUCUUUCUUUUCUUUUACUUUAAAAACAUUUUAUUUGUAGUAUUCUUUAUUCCUCAAAUUGUGCAGUAAGUGGAUAAAACAUUGUGCUGGAUAAAAUGUCAUCUCAGAAUACUUUUGACUUGAAAAUUGUUUCUUCUCUGUCUACUUUGUAACCAAAUGCAAUCAGCGUGCCUUCGAUUAUUUAGCUUAUUAUGAAUUAAGUUAAAUGUAGGGCUGUAGACUAGUUAAGGCCAAGGGAAGCACAACUUAUGAUUUAAUUCGCUUUUUAGACCUAGCGCUCCUUUUAACCUGCACAAGAUAAUGCAGAGUCAGAAGUCCUGGGGCGGAUGAGGGGCAUUAGUAAAUUCUCUUCAGGGCUAUUGCCUUUUCUAUGUGCCAAGAUGAACUUUUCCUGAUAGUAGUUUACAAAGAAUUGCAUUUAAAAUGUAAUAUUUUCAUGCUUGUUUCUUUUUCUCAAUUUAUGCUUAUAAUUCAUGUAGCAAAUUAGUUGUGCUCUA